AAGGCCUUUUUCAGGGAACACAACAUGGGUUAACAAUUUAAAGCUGUUCCUCAGCAAUAGAGGUUGAUCAAUAGAGGCUGGUGCUACUAAUUCCUAAAGGUGUUCCAACUUUGCUGGAUUACUUGCAACCCCCUCUGUAUGCAUAAAAGCAGUGUUGGAACACACUGUUGUACUAUACUCUCAUUAGCAUCAGUUGAACAGUUUCACAAAUGGUAGUGAAAGUAGGAAGAAAGUAGUGUGUUGUUACAAAAAUAGCGAGAAAAAGGCAAUUAACAAUGGAAGAGAGACAGACCAUCAUUACUCUUAAAAUGUACACAGCAAAUUCUGGUCUUUGGAAUAAACUCUCUGGGAGUUCAGAUUAAUUACAUUUGAGUGUACAUGCGUGACCAUCGAAUGAACUCUAGUGCAGAGUCUUUCCCGGGAGUUGAUUUUUCAACUCUUUAUGAGUUAAAACUGAACUCUCAUGGAGUUAAAUUUCUACUACCAUAUAGAGUAAAAUGUAACUCAUAACUAGAGUUAAUUUGAUAUUAACUCUUUUAUAGUGUUUCUCAUCAAAUGAAAAAAGGUUUUAGGUGGAAAUUACUACAAGACACCAUACUGGUUAUUAUGAAUGUAUUAAUUUUAUUUAUCAAAAAUAACAUUCAAAAUUGAAUGCUGCAUGGAUUAGCAUACAUUCUGUGUAACAGUACUGUAAUAGCGUAACAUCCAUCAUUAAUGGCAGCUAAACAGUUGAGACAUUGUGUGGUCAGAUUGGCCUAACAUUGGGGGAAAAGAAAAAAAACAGAAUUAAAGAAAAAAAUCACUACAGAAUAAGCACUUCUUGUAAUGCAGUGUUAACAUGAGGAAGACUAUAAAUUCUCCAUUAAGCCAACAAAUCAAAUAAUGCAACUCUCUGACACAACAUAAAAUUGUGAAUCACACCCAUAUGACAUUUGGGCAUCAAAACAUUUGUAAUGUCUUAAUUUCUCCCUUUCUAGGACCAGUAUCUUUUUAGGAAUAGUUUCAUUUACCUGAAAAGCAUGAAAAUGAUCAUGGAAACACGUUUCAUGCUCAACCAUAACAAAAAUAGCUUUACCAUCAUGCAAAAUGAUCGAAGUCAUCUUGCUGAAAACUGGGAUGUUUUCAUAAGUGCCUGUACAAACAAAAAGCCCAACACGAUAUUCAACUCCACUACACUUUACCCAGUUUGUGAGUUUGACAGUGUUCUGUAAAUCAACAUGAAGAUAUGUGUCAGGGUCCUGGGUCUGAGCGACCCAGGAUCCCUGAGCAGUUAUAGACUUAUGUUACUUAUGUAUUUUUGGUGUUGCUCCCCCUUUUCCCUAUGCUUGUACAUAUGUGUGUGGGUGGCUGUGUGUCUGAGCACUCGUUUAUAGGUGCCUUCAGGCCUGGUGGGUGUGGCCCUGCUAGGGGACUGGCCACACCCGAAGCCACGCACCUGCUGCUGAUCAGGCCUCGUCGGGGGAGCUACUUAAGAGAGUCUUGGAGCUCCCACUGGCGCGGGAUCAUUGCGUGAGACUCCACGAGGAGCGUGGGAGGCCUGAAGAGCGGCGAGCACCGGGAGUGCGACACACGGGAGCAGAGAGCACAAGGAGGACACAUCACGGGAGUCUGGGGAAAACACGGAGAUUUAUUAUUGUUUGUACCACACACUGUAAAUAAACACACUGUUCGCACACAGAGCACCGCGCCUGGGUCCUCCUUCCCUACAUCCCCACGGUCUGCCAGCACAGACCGUGACAGAAUGAUCCAGCCAGACAUGGACCCAGCGGUCUCUGAGGAGAGGCUCAGGAGGGAGAUUAUGGACAGGGUUUACAGACUCUGUGAGUUGUGGUGGGAGAAGCCCGCAGAAGGGUUGCGUCGCACCGUGGGGAGGCGGCUGCAGGAGACGCUUUUUAAAUUCCCUUGGCUGGUUGACGAUCUCAAUCCUAUCGUCAUGGACUUCCUGCUUUCCACCCUCCACCUCCACUCUCCUCCUCAGGCUGCUCACCAGCCCAGACAGCUGGUGGAUUCAAAGCCUGACACGCCGGCCCCGACGUCUACCCGGAGACGACGUUUGCGCCGCCAGCGUUCCUCACCGCAGCCUAAUCCACGGACAUCUCAAGAGCCGGCUGUGGUGAGCAAUACGGACAUUUUUUCAUUUCCCUCACCAUCUGUUUGUGUGUCUGCAGUGGACAAUGACGCUGCCGUAAGCCAUCCGACGGCGCAAGUAACAUCACCUCGGUCAGAGGUCUCCACACCACUCGCUGCUUCACCAUCUGCAGUUGUAGCGCCGCUGUCAUCUCAUCCGCCUGCAGUCACCCUUCUGCCAUCUUCUUCACCGGCUGCUACGUCACCACUCGGACCUGUCCUGCCCGAGCAGGAGCUCAGCGAGCCGGAGCAGCUGCCGGAGGAGCUCAGGAAGCCGGAGCCGCUCAGGGAGCCGGAGCUGCUGCUGGAGGAGCUCAGGGAGCCGGAGCCGCCGCCGCUGCUGGAGGAGCUGAACGAGCUGGAGGGACCAGCGUUGCCAGCGGAGGAGCUCGACCAGCGGGAGGAGCCUGUGCUGCCAGCGGAAGAUCUCGGCAAGCCGGUGGGACCCGCUAAGCCGAAGCUGGAGGUUAGCGAGCUGGAGCUGGAGCUCAGUGAGCAGGAGCAGGAGCUCAGAGAGCGGGAGGAGCCCGUGCCGCCAGCUGCGAAGCCCUGCGAGCCGGAGCAUUAGCUCGGAGAGCGGGAGGAGCC